AUGUAUUUGUCUGUGCCGGUGAUAUCGCCAGCAAAAUCGAUAUUUCUGUGUAUCUGUUUGAGUAAGUUGCUAAUUGUGUUGCUUGUGUGUGUUAAGGUGGAUGAGCUUAAGAAGAAAGGCAACGAUGCGCUGCAGCAGGGCAACUUUGCGGAGGCGAUCAGUUGCUACACUGAGGCGAUCCAGUUGGACGGCAGCAACCACGUGUUGUUCAGCAACCGAUCGGCCGCCUAUGCCAAGUCGGGCGACUACGACAAGGCGCUGCAAGACGCCGAGCAGACUGUCAAGCUGAAACCUGAUUGGGCCAAGGGUUAUUCACGCAAAGGCGCCUCCCUGCACUACCUGGGGCGAUUCGAGGAUGCCAUUUUGGCGUACCAGGAGGGCCUGAAGCUGGAGCCAAACAACGAGCAGCUGAAGGAGGGAGUGAGGGAGAGCACACAGAGUAUGAACAGCAGUAUGCCUGGAAUGGGAGGCCUCGGCGGAUUUCCUGGCGCUAAUAUUUUUUCAGGAGCCAACAACCCUUUCAACGCACCCGAUCUGUUUGUGAAACUUAGAAACGAUCCUCACACUAGAGCCUUAUUAGAUGAUCCUGACUAUUUGCAAUUAUUAGAAACACUUAAAAAGAACCCUAAUGCCUUAAGUUCGAAACUGAGCGACCCCCGCGUUUUGGCCACCCUGGGCGUGCUGUGGGACCUCGACCUGAGCGCCAACCGCUCCGAGGAGCCCAUGGACGUCGACCCUCCCAAACCCACCACCUCCUCCGCCCCCAAAAAGGAGUCCGAACCGCCCACGGUUGACCCCGAUGCUAAUCUAUCGCCCGAAGAAAAGAAGGCGAAAGCUGAAAAGAAUCUAGGUAACGAAGCUUAUAAGAAGAAAGACUUUGAAACUGCUUUGAAACAUUACAAUAAUGCUAUCGAAAUUAUUCCUACUGAAAUGACGUAUUACAAUAAUAUUGCCGCUGUAUACUUUGAGCAAAAGGAAUGGCAAAAGUGCAUAGACCAGUGUCACAAGGCCAUCGAAGUUGGUCGUGAAAAUAGAGCCGAUUUCAAAUUGAUUGCAAAAGCUUUCUCGCGUAUUGGAAACGUUUAUAGGAAGAUGGAGGAAUGGCACAACGCAAAGACUUUCUAUGAAAAAUCGAUGUCUGAGCACAGAACCCCCGAAGUGAAAACAAUUAUUUCUGAAUUGGACAAGAAAAUCAAGGAGGCCGAGAGAAGGGCGUACAUCAAUCCUGAGCUUGCUGAAGAAAUGAAAGAGAAAGGCAACGACCUCUUCAAUAAAGGCAACUACGCGGAGGCGAUAAAGUUCUACACAGAAGCGAUCAAACGCAACCCGGAUGACCCCAAGUACUACAGCAACAGGGCGGCCUGCUACACCAAGCUGGCUGCCUUCGACCUCGGCCUCAAAGACUGCGAAAAGUGCUUGGAACUCGAUCCCAAGUUCAUCAAGGGAUGGAUUAGGAAGGGCAAAAUUCUACAGGGCAUGCAGCAGCCGUCGAAAGCAUACUUGGCCUACCAGAAGGCGAUGGAACUGGACCCGUCGAACGGGGAGGCGCUGGAGGGAUACCGCGCAUGCGUGGUGGCGCAGAACAGCAACCCCGAGGAGGUGCGCAAGCGCGCCAUGGCCGACCCCCAGGUGCAGGCCAUCCUCCAGGACCCGGCCAUGCGCGUCAUCCUCGAGCAGAUGCAGAAUGAUCCCAAGGCCCUCCACGACCAUCUCAAAAACCCGGACAUUGCGGCAAAAAUUCAGAAACUUUUGGAAUCGGGUCUGAUCGCCAUUCACUGAGACGCACUUCACGGCUGCAACACCACAUCGCCGGUUAGCUGAUCGCCGGUUAAAUACCUUAUCCAAGUGCUUAAACCAAUAAUAAUAAUAUAUUUAAAAAUGAACUGAACAUUGCUUUAAAGAUGACAGUCAAGUUACAGUUUCCUGUUCACCGUAAACGUAAAGGAAACUGAAUUAAGGGUAUAAAAGUGCUAGUUCUAUGGACGCAAUUGUGGAGUUAUCGUUCCGUUUUCGGCGAAUAGGAAAGCGUAGCUUUAAGGUUCCGACUAAGCGAACGUUUAAAACGUUCAACAUUAUGUUAGAAUCUUUUGAAAAAUCUAUAGUGGAAUUCAGCUAUCAGUAUUGGUUGUUGAAUAAUAUGAAACAUUGAUGUUAUUAUUCAUAAGAAAUUCUGAUACUGUAGUUCAAGUGAAACUCAAUAUGUACAUACGAAGGAAACAUGCUUUAAUUGAGAAGCUCAAUCAAUUUUUUUUUCAAGUAUACCUUUAAAAGGCUGACGCUGAAUUUCUUGUGAUUUUUCCUGUUUGCCACUACAGAUUUGAAUAGCAAAGGAUAGAACAUAACGUGAAGAAUAGUUGCUGUAAUUUAAAUAAAAAAUAUUGGAAUAUUUCUUGAUUUAUGUACGCCUUGAAAUGAGGCUGAAGAUUUCAAUCAUCAAGAUAUGAUUAGCAGACUGCAAUGAGUCUAGUGAAUCUUGAGUCCUUUUAUAAAUAUUAAUGUGGUAUUUGAGACACACUAAUAAUAUGAAGAUAUUAUUUUCUUACUGUUUUGAUCCAAGUAAGGUCCUUUAAAUCUUAAGUGAGUCUAGUAAACAUCAAGCAACCUUCUAAUUGGAUGUGAUUUAUGUUUCCUUAUAUUUGAACAUCAACUCAGUUGAAGAGUUUCGAAAAAUAUGAUUUUUCAGACGUUUUUAUCGUUGAACGUUUUUAAUGUUCGUUACCUCCAACCACCUUAUAUCAUGGUUGCCAUGCUAUUGUUGUUCCAAAAUAUUCUUCCGUUCCUGAUACUGUCUCAUUUUUAAGAGAACUGUUUCUAAUUUUUGUGAUAAUGUAACACUGUUCUAAUAUUAUUCCAUUCUAAUUUGUAUGAUAUUGUAACAAAAGAUACAUCAUGGAUACAUAGUAACAAUAAUUAUUGGGUUUAUGCGAUUUUCUUUAUAAAGUAGAACAGCUUCAAGUUUUAGAUAAGACAGUACUAACAUGUUUUGGAAAGCAAUAUAAAUCGUCUUGUUUAUUUCUCUCCAAUCUUGUUGAAUUGUAAACCUAUUUGGAAAUUUCUAUUCAUCAAACCAGUCUCCAUGUAUAUGGUUACCUUCCUCACAUCACAAUUUAUUUAUCAUUUAUCAAAGAAGUGUCAGUUUUUGUUCAUGAUGGGUGUCAUUCAUAUUUUUUGUAGUAUCUCAAAUGUGCGAGUAUUUCAACUUUUUGUUAUUGUGUUUAUUAUCUAAAAUGAUCAAAACAUUUCAAAUGAUAUUAACCAAUAUGUUAAUUUUAAAAUAAAAAACCUAACAUCCCUAACCUUUCCUUGAACCUUUAAAACCGAACUGAACAGAACGUUUUAGGGUAUGUUCAUACACUAGACAAAUUGAAAUCUCGCAGAUCUGAGGCACUCCCGUUAAGAUUGAGGAGAAAUCUUUUUUCAAGCUAAAUACUAGACUAAAGAUUUUGGCAAGGGAAAGUUUUUAGAAUAGUAAGUAGCAUUAAAAAAGGGUUUUCUUUAUUUUUGACAAAUUUACUUACAAUAAUAAAUUUAUUUUAUAAUAUAAUACAACACUAGAUAUCAACAAUUCCAUGGUACACCAUUACAUGCAUAAUACUAAAUAUUGUUUUGUAGAUCACAUUUGUAGUUUAAAAGUAUAAUGAAAGAAUAAAUUAAGAAACACUAAAUAAUUAAUGUAAGGAAAUGUAUUAAUUAUCUACUUUUUUGUUUUUUGUCCUUUGGGUAGAUCUGUUAGUGAUUCUUAAAUUAGUCUGAAACACUUAGCUUUUUCAUUCCAUCAUAGUAAAUAAAAUUCUAUAUUUGUGAUGAGGUUUUGAUUAUUUAAAAUUGAUUUGAUUAAAAGUUGUUACAUUUUUGACUGAUUCACUCUUACUCCUGUUCACACUUAUUUCAAAUCGCUAAAAUCUAUAUCAAUAAAUUAUUAUUAGUAAAAAUUA